AUGUCCCAUAUGCCAGAACCACUUUUAACUCGACAAAACUUUCUACCUUCCGCUGAGCGGCUCGGUUCAACUACUGAUAUGCAAUCUUUUGCCCAUCAUGUACAAACACUAUAUCAACUCGAAGUACCAAAUGCAAACAUUUAUCUCGCACUUUCAACUGACUUACCUGUAUCAAACCUAAUAGACACUUUUCAUGGCGCUGCUAAAAAAAUUGACCUUUGGCUUGAAUACGCAAACAUUGCUAUAUUUGCUUUGGAGCUUGACGUCAAAGAAGGAAUGAGUGUGAAAAAUGUUAGCGAAAUGGACGUCUUAAUACAUAAAUUUGCUCCAAACGUCGACUUAUUUCAGGAGUUGUCGCAGACUGUAUUUGACAAUCUGAAGCAACCAACUGAUGAGGAAAGACGUAAAGAAAUCAAGGAUAUACUUGAUAGAAUUCUUACCGAUUGGGUUGAGGUAAAAGCCUUUUUCGGAAGGGUUAAGAAAGAAAUGUCAGAGUCAAAACAAAGGCGUGAACUAUUAGAAACAAUGGAUCAAAUUUUAGUCUCCAUUGAAGAGUUAAACACCAAUAUUUUUGAAUACCAAGAACAACGUCAUAGUGGUUUAACCGGUAAUGACGGUGAAAUUUUUUCAUUUCCAAGGCUUAGUUCCAGUCCAACCUCACGAAGUAGGACUAUAACACCUGCUGCACCUUCAAGCUUCAACAACAACUCCCUUAAUGAGUUUAAUUCACGUGCUGACGUUGCAUUAAUGAAGCUUGAUUCUCGCUUAGAACCAUUGUCAGCACGCAUAGAAUAUUUAAGGUCUCGUUUAUCGGCCCCUAAUGCCCCAUCAGAUCCUAAUGGAAUUUUAUCGAGAAAGAAUAACAUGUUAACAAAUAAGUGGGAAGCGUUAAAACAAGAAAUGGAAUCUCUAAGAGAAGAAUGCAAGGAAGAUAGAUGGUUAACGGUAUUUAAACAAGUAACCGGAAAAGCUACUCAAAUGAUGGAUAAACUAGAAAGGGCAGUUAAACAAUGUAAGGACUUUAUUAUAAGAGCCACCAGUAGGUCAGAUUCACCUUUAAAAUUGUUACAGAACAGGGGAAUUUCAAUAACACCCUCUUCAAGACAUAAUCAAAGAUCCGCACAAUAUCAACAACAACCGCAAUCACCACAAUCUGUAUCUAUAACGUCAAAAGAUUUCCAAAAACUUUAUAAAAACUUUGAUGCUAAAAGGAAAUAUUACGUUCCGGCCGUGACCAAAAUGCUUACGAUGCUUGCCAACGGAAUUAAUAAUCAGAUGACAAAAGAUUGGGAAGCCAUUAAGAAAUAUAAAGCGAUGAAAGAACAUUGGAAUGUUAUUAUUGCUGGCGUUACCGAAGUUCAAAGGGAAAUGCCAGAAUUAGAAGCUGUAUUAGACGCAUCACUUUUUCCAAGUAACUCCCCCCCUUCAUCAAUACCUUCAUCAAUACCUUCAUCAAUCGCUUCUUCACCUCCAAUGUCUCCUAAUAUGAGACCAUCUAGAGGAAAGUACACACCUGAACCUGGUUCACCUCCAAAAGUUCAAAGAGCUUUAUCACCAUAUCGAAGGGUCAUCUCUCCAACAGACAUGCCAUCAUCAAGGAAUAAUGCGAGAUCCCCUUCUUUGCGUUCAAAAUCUCCUUCACCAAGGGCUUUGAGUCCCUUAGGAGGUGGGGGUCGUUCUUAUUUAACUCCAAAUGGUCGUAGAUCUGUAAGUCCACCACCACUGUCUGAUCGUCAUCCUUGGAAUUCACAAUAUAAUCAAUCACCUUAUAAUUCACCUUAUGGACCUUCAUACAAUAAUCAUGGUAAUCCUUAUUAUCGUGAACAUACAUUAUCUCCUCAACCGGGAAAUGGUCGAUCAAAAUCUUCUACAAGAUCCGAGUCUCCUGUGCUUUCUCCAACAGGCAGACCAAUGACACCUGGUGAUCGUAUGCACCCAUCAGCUAUUCCACGUCCUGUUACUAGCAUGGGAUUAGCUUCUAGGUCGAAUUCACGAGCGGGCAUGAGAUCUUUUCUUCCUCAACCAAGUACCCCACAGCCAGGCAUGACCUCUUCAUUAUCUCGUUUAGGUAUGGUAUCUCCACCUCCGAAACGUCAACAGUUAAGAUCACCAACUCCUUCUUCAGUUACAAGUAGCCUAUCAAGGCCUUUAACUCCUGAAACCGAUGAUCGUUCAAUGACUCCAUUAACUCAAACGUUAUCAAAAAUGUCAAUGGAUCAUUCCCCAUAUAUACCACUCAAAAGCGAUCCUCUUGACGUUGAAGUUGCUAAGGUGGUAAAUGCAUCCCCAUUAUCGGUUAAGGUAGAACGUGCUGGAGGCGAUAAGUAUCAUUUUGGAAAUGAAGGAGGAGGCCGUGAUAGGAAGAUUUACCUUUGUCGUUUGAUGAAAUAUGCUUCAAGUAGCAAAGUCAUGGUUCGAGUUGGCGGGGGCUGGCAGGAUUUGGAUAUGUUCUUGCUGGAUCACAGUCUUAUGAGUAGAGAUAUGAGAUAUUAA